AUGAAGGGCACGAGAAAAUUCAUGCGACCCCCGGGCUACGCAGAGGCCGCAAUGAGCCAGUCACGAGCGGCGGUAUUCUUGCGGGGCCUGCGAAGGGAGAGAAGACGGCUUCUACGACAGCUCAAGCAGAUUUACGAGCAAGUCGAGGUCUCGGAAGCAGAGUGCAGAGGGCUAUGCUACCAGGCCAUCAAAGUUAUGGCCCUUAGCGUUUUACUUGAGUCUUUGAGCAAGAAAUCUACUGCUGUAUCCAAUGCUGUGUCUGGAGAUCAUCGUUCAGCGCGGGUUUGA